ACUGUACAUACAUGCUGGUACAGGACUUUGUAAUGAGUGUUCCUGACAAAAUAGAGAACUAUGUGAAUUUAUAACAGUACACUGUACAGUGUACAGUACAGUAGAGUUAUGGCUGUAACUGGUUUGGUUAGUGACCAGGAUAGUUUUAAUAAUAACCACACAGAGGCCUCUUCAAAUACAGACUUCAGUAUCUUUACUAUUUCAGGAAGCACCAAGGAUCGGCAAGAAACUAAGUUUAUUGAGAAAUCUAAAAAUGCGGGAACAAAAAAGAUAAAUUUCGCAACAUUAAAAGAACAACAAUAUUCAGCUAGCGAGGGGGAGGAGGAUAUUAAUGCAGAGGAGAAGAAGGAGGAGGAGAGGGAACAGGAUGAUCUGCCAAUUACAAAUAAUCCCCAUCUUCCAAUAUUUAUGCUAAAUACACGAAACUCAAGAGAACCUAACAGAACAAGCACGAGACCAACAACUCCCUUCUCCUCAUUGGACCAAGUAUCUGAGCCCUCCCUCCCCCACUCACUUAACCAUUCACUCCCACUCCCUGGGGAGGGUGGCAGGGGGAGUUGGGAGUGGGUUCUGUUUGCAGAUACUAUACUCCACAAGUCAUGUCAGGUUAUUCUUUCAGUGGUUACAUGUCUUCUACUGCUGACUGGUAUUCUUAUAACAACCCUGACAAUAACCAGUGGAACAGGGGAUUUAGGGUUUGGUGGACCCUUACUUAUAGGACUAGGUUUAUCCUUCCUAAUACUCUCAGUAACUGUUUAUCUUAUUGUAAAGAAAACGAAGGAAGCAACAAAUCUAGAAAAUAGGAAAAGGACUGCAGCUAUAGGACGGCAUAAUGAAGCAUUUUUCUCUGAUAUUCUGGAAGCUAGAAGAUUGUCUUCGCCAAGCCAAUCUCAAAGAUCUUCCAUAAGUGGAGCCCCUCCGGAACCCUUGCCUAGGAAUAAUAGGCGGAAGAGUGUUCUACUUUUUCAAGCUAAAGAUGAAAUUAGGAAGAAUAUAGGAGAAUCUGGUUUAAGUGGGAGGAUACCAGAUAUAUGUCUCAUAGUUCCAACGCCAAAGUUAGAUGACCACCGAAAACAUCCCCUGCAGACCAUAGAUUCAGUUUCCGAAGACUAUUUUAAAGACAACUUAGGUUCGAUCUCCGACCAGGAUUCACCAAUGAGAAUCAUCUCGAAGACCCGACGUGCAAGCUACCAUGGAGAAACUAUAAACACAGACGACAUUUAUCAGCAGCCAACAUCAUUACCAGCCGUUUAUAUCAUGGACAAAUAAAAAAAAUUUAAUAUGAUCCAAGUUUUAAAAAUUGUCUAGUUCAAUUAAAAUGUUCUGCAAGAUGAGGAUUAAAAAGAGACUGUCAACUGUAUUUUGUUUGAAAAAAAUGAUCUUUUAUUAAAUCUGUUAAAAGGGA